AUGCCGCUGCAGGAUGCUGGUUCAGCCCUGCUGGUUCAGGAUGCUGUGGUCCAUGUGACGGCCUACGGGUCCAGCGGAGAUGAUGAGACCAUUAAAAACACAGCUGGGGCUUCAACAAAACCUGCCAACCAAACAGUGUCACCCACCAAAAGCAAAAGCGGUCCACCGGAGUCCAGUACAGAUGCGAAGAAUGUCUCAAGUGCUGCUGAUGGGAAUCGUACAGUAGAGCAAACAGGGGACAAAGUACCAAAUCUGGCCAAACCGUCCCAAAGUAUGGAAAGUCCUGGGGAGAAAAGCAACAACAAAACAACUACUGGGACUACUCCAGGCAGUCAGUCUGGCAAAGGGACAAAGAUUGGGAUGACCAAUGGUACGACGAAAGCCGGCACGACGACUGCAAAAGCACAACCUUCAGCCAAGACAAACAAGGCAGACGGAGACAUGGAGGAAGAGACGAAAGACAAAAAAGGCAAAAUGGAAGGAGACAAAGGCAAUGAGAAGAAACCAAAUUUAGAGAAAAGCAGUGAAAAAACACCGGGAAACAAAACCAAGGAGGACAAUCUGGAAAAAGAGGACACCAAAAAUGGAGACGCAGGAGGAAGAAACCCGUACGACCCGUCGGGGGUGAAUAACAAGGCCGAGAGCAGUCACUUCUUUGCCUACCUGGGCUCCAUGGCUGUGGUGGUAGCUGUGCUGUACAUCGCUUACCACAACAAGCGCAAGAUACUGGCUUUCCUUUUGGAGGGGAAGAAAUACAAAUCCACGCGUCGACCUAAAUAUGCAGGAUACAAGAAGCUGGAGCAGCAUAUGUAAUCUGGACUCUCUCUCUCUCUCGAAGCCAUUGAGCCUCUCGCUGCUGAGCACACUGAGGUCUUGUGAGAAGAGAGUGAACGGAGACUGGCGUUAGAUAUUUCCCACAAUGCUCUCUGCCUUGCUUUCACCCUUUUCCUAAACAGACAUUCUUCUAUUUUAUAACCGUAGAAGCUUAUCAUACCACUAUGCAGAUGACACUGUUGCCUUAUUGAGGGAACUAGUGAAAUGCGGUGAUGGUAAAAACAAGCAUGCUGUUUUUUGGCACUUGGUGUCGUAAUUCCAUUUUUAAGACGAGCUUGUAAUUAGACCGGACUUAAGGUCCGGACUCAGGAUAUUUCAGUAGCAGAU